UUUGCUGCAGACGUUUUAUCUUUAUAAUAAAAUUUUGAGUUUCUACGUACAACAUAUACCAACUGCUACUGUUUUAAAGUAGCGGUUUUUUUACAUCUUUUUCGACAUUUGACAUUACGGAGAUACAAGGUGUACAGAGCAACGUGUUGCUCACAAAUGUCUCAGACUGUUAAAAAAAUAAAUACAGACUGACAGCAAAUUGUUGAGCAAAAUAUCCGUACAAUUUUCAAGGUGAAAAAUCCAAGUGACACAUGUCCAGCGAGUGCUAGAAAAUGUCUCUGCAACAGUGGAUGCAUAUACGACACAAUAUUGAUAUAUCAUGGAAAGCAUUCGUCAGGGAAUCUUCCAGUGAACAAGAUAAACUUCCUGAUAAAUGUAUUUGUCAAUUGGCCUUCCAAGGAAACGAAGCAAAGGCUGCUUAUGAGGAAGUUAUCCAGCAAAUUAGUAACAGCAAUGCUAUGACAACAAGAUUCAAGUACUUAAAGUCAAAGACUGUUGGAAACCAAAGUAACUCUGGAACAAAUCAAACUUCCUUCAAUACUCAAUCAAGGAGGGCUACAGUUCCUGAAGAUAUUCUAGCAAAAGUGACAAUCAAUACAUUGUUAAAAGCAGUGGAGCAAAAGGAUAUGAAAUUCUUACAAAAACAUAUGACAUCAGAAAAUGUGAAUGUAUCAGAUGACUUUGGUUGGACUCCGUUAAUGUCUGCUGCUUACUGCGGUCACUUGGAAAUUGUACAAUUUUUGCUAAAUCUCGGAGCUAAUAGAAGAAUUAGGGAUAGAUCUGGUCUUACUGCGGCCCAAUUAGCUUUGAAAAAAAAUUAUUUAAGUAUAGUUGCGUUAUUAAAAAAGAAAUCUGAAUCGAUGAAUAAUAAUCCAUCGUCUAUAAAUGUACCAAAAAUAAAUAAUACAAAUGCUUUAUCAAUGAAAACAAUGUCUAAGGAAUCUUCUGAACAUGAUAUAGGUGUUUACAAUAUUACAGAAGAGAAGAUACAGCACAACUCAAUAGUUUACUGUGAUGUCUGUAAAGCAACCUUUCAAGAGACAACGCCAGAAAAACAUGAAACCUCUACUUUACACAUCUUUAACACAAAACCAAAAUUAAAGCAUACAAUGUAUGGAAUAUCAAGACAAAAUAAAGGAUAUAGAAUGCUAUUGAAUACAGGAUGGGAUGAGGAAGCUGGUCUUGGACCUUCUGGAAAAGGAAUAAAAUAUCCAAUUAAAACAUGUUUAAAAACAGAUCGCAAAGGAUUAGGACACUCAGUGGAAAGUGAAUAUAAAGUUACCCAUUUCAAACCAGGUGAUACAACUGCCAUUAGCAGCAUUAAGACACCUAAACAGAAACCUUUGAAAAAAAGGGACAGGGAAAGAUUACUUCACCGAGACGCCAGAAAAGAAAGAGCGUUACAGAUAAUGAGUGAACAUCAAAUAUUAUUGGAACACUUAGAAAGUGUUGAAAAUAAAGCUGGUGAAAUUCUUACUGAUCGCGAAGAAAUAAUCGCUCUUGAUAAGAGAAGAAAUGAUGAUCGCGUUGGAAUGAGGGCACUACAAAAACAAUCACAUGAAAAAACAUGGAUAACUGUAGGUCCAUUGCUAUUAAAGAUGCCAUCUAAAGCUGCUGAAGAGUUGCUCGAGAAAGAUCAGAAAGAAUGCAGUACUGCGAUUAAUAAAUUAAGAAGCAAUUUAAAGAUAAAAGUAAAUGAAUUACGUGAUUUAGAAUUAACUCCACCAGUACCUGGAUUAAUGUUGGAACCUAUGUCCCAUAAAGAGAUGGAUGCAAUGAAUCAAGUUCUAGGUCGAAGUGUUUGAUAUAUAUAUGCAAUAAAAUUUUUAUUUUGUUCAA